AUGCAAUCCACCCAAGAACCCGCCGACAUCGCCGUCAUCGGCGCCGGCAUUGUCGGCUCGGCCCUAGCAUACUACCUCUCCAACAACAACAAAACCAAGAAAAUCAUCCUCGUUGACCGCUCCCUAACCCCCCUCAACGGCUCAACCGGCCACGCUCCCGGCUUCGUCGGCCAAUACAACGACAGCGCCAUCCUCACCCGCCUCGCCAGAGACACCGUGCAGGAGUACACCACGAUCCCAGGCGGCUUCGACACCAUCGGCGGGAUCGAGCUGGCUACGAGCCAGACAGGCGCAGAGCGUCUCCAGCGCCGAUAUGAUUCGGCCAGAGCAGCAGGCCUCCCUGCCGAACUUAUCUCCCCGGAGGAAGCAGCCCGCAUGGCCCCAGCCCUAAUCAAGAAGGAGGAUGUCACAAGUGCGUUGUACUUCGCCAGUGAUGGUGCAGCAAGUGCUACCUGUAUCACGAGGUUUUAUCAAGAUGAAGCGCGCGCUAGAGGCGUCGAGUGCAUCGAAGCAGAUAUUACUGGUAUUCAUAAAGAUGGCAAUGGUCGCGUAGAUGGCGUGAACACAGGUACAGCUGGAUUCAUCCCCGCUAAGACUGUCAUCCUCGCUACGGGUAUCUGGGCCCCUGAGCUUCUACCGAACAUUGAUACCCCUAUCCCCAUCGUCCCCGUCGCUCAUCCAUACAUGUACGGACCUUACCACGACCAGAAGAAGGUACCAUCCCCAUGGAUCCGCUGGCCCGACCACCACGUCUACGCGCGCGACCAUGGCCCCUUCUACGGCCUCGGCUCAUACAACCAUGCCCCUGUCGCGCAGGAACCAAAGGAUACAGCCAUCGGCGAGUGGAUCUCUGAGUUUGACAACACUUUGAAAGACGCGCUGGGAUUCAUCCCACCCGAAACUGGUCUUACCCCCAGAGAAACAUUCAAUGGGAUUUUCUCCAUGACGCCGGACAAUUUGCCCCUUGUGGGUGAGGUUCCUGGGUUAGAGGGCGUGUAUCUGGCUGCUGCGGUGUGGGUUACGCAUGCGGCAGGCACUGCGAGGUUUUUGUGUGAUGUGUUGGAAGGGAAGGAGGUGGAUGGGGAGAUCAAGAGGGGGUUGGAUCCGGGGAGGUUUGCGGGAAGGGAUGGAAAGACACUUAGGAAGGUGGCGUUAGGGGGGUAUAAUGAGAUUUAUAGGGUUGGUGGUGCAGAGUUGUAA